CCCUAAUCCUAACCUAACUAACUGUGUUUGGCGGCACUGUCGUUUUAUUACAGUAGCAACAUACAUAUUCUCAUCUAUACCCUAAUUUCACUUCUCUGCCCUUCUCUCUGCGUAUCUCCGAUGGCGAAGAAGAGAGAGAGAAACGUUAACGUCUCCGGUAAACCAAAACACUCUCUCGACGUCAACCGCAGCAAUGACUCUAAGAACGAAUCCCGUUCCGCCGCUACAGUUCGCCGUCUUAAGAUGUACAAAACCAGACCCGUUCGCAACACUAAGGGCAAAAUCUUAUCCAACGAUUUUCAGUCUAAGGAGCUUCCCUGCACUCGAAUUCAACCUGAUCGUCGCUGGUUCGGUAAUACUCGUGUUGUGAAUCAGAAAGAGAUUGAAUUUUUCCGAGAAGAAAUGCAGAAGCAUAGUUCGAGUAAUUAUAAUGUUAUUCUCAAGGGGAAGAAUUUGCCGAUGUCGCUUCUCAAUGAUCACCAGAAGCAAUGUAGGGUUCACCUUCUUGAUAGAGAGCCUUUUUCGGAUGCAUUUGGACCUAAGACUAAAAGAAAGCGUCCAAGCCUUUUGGCGUCUGAUUACGAGUCUUUAGCUAAGAAAGCUGAUGGUUCUCAAGAUGCUUUUGAAGAGAAGUGUGCUUCUAGUGUGUCUGUAGAAGCUAAUGAAGCAGAUGGAUUUAGAGAUUUAGUGCGGCAUAACAUGUUUGAUAAGGGUCAAAGCAAACGCAUAUGGGGUGAACUCUACAAAGUCAUAGAUUCUUCAGAUGUUGUUGUCCAGGUUAUUGAUGCAAGGGACCCUCAAGGCACAAGAUGUUACCAUUUAGAGAAGCAUUUGAAAGAAAAUUGCAAGCACAAACACAUGGUGCUUUUAUUGAACAAGUGCGAUCUAAUUCCUGCUUGGGCAACAAAAGGAUGGCUUAGAGUUUUGUCAAAAGAAUAUCCAACGCUAGCAUUCCAUGCAAGCAUUAAUAAGUCCUUUGGAAAGGGUUCACUUCUAUCGGUUCUGAGACAAUUUGCAAGAUUGAAAUCCGAUAAGCAAGCAAUAUCUGUUGGUUUCGUUGGAUAUCCAAAUGUUGGGAAGUCAUCAGUGAUUAAUACAUUGCGUACAAAAAAUGUUUGCAAGGUUGCUCCAAUUCCAGGGGAAACAAAAGUGUGGCAGUAUAUAACCCUUACAAAAAGGAUCUUUUUGAUUGAUUGUCCAGGUGUUGUCUACCACAACAAUGACUCUGAAACAGAUGUUGUGCUGAAGGGUGUGGUACGUGUAACAAACUUGAAAGAUGCUGCUGACCAUAUAGGCGAGGUUUUGAAACGUGUGAAGAAGGAGCAUUUGACCAGAGCUUAUAAAAUAAAAGAGUGGGUUGAUGAUAAUGACUUCUUACUUCAGCUUUGCAAAUCAUCUGGCAAACUUCUUAAGGGUGGUGAACCUGAUCUGAUGACUGCAGCAAAGAUGAUACUUCAUGACUGGCAGAGGGGUAAAAUUCCCUUUUUUGUUCCUCCUCCACGGCUGGAUGACUUGUCUGAGUCUCAGGGGCCUAAUGUUAACGGCAUAGAGGUUGAUGAGGCAGUUGACCAUAAUCAGGCAUCUGCUGCCAUUAAAGCUAUUGCAAAUGUGCUCUCGUCCCAGCAGCAAAGAAGUGUUCCAGUUCAAGGGGAUUUAUAUAGCGAGAAUGAGUUGAAGGGGGAAAAUACUGACCAACUUCCAAACACUGGGGAAGAAACAUAUGAAGAUGGGGAAGAAACAGAUCAAGAUGGGGACGAAUCAGAUCAAGAUGGUGACACAUCUGAACAGGAUCCAUCCACUGAUGUUCCGUCUGAGCAACUUAUUUCUGCUGAGCUGGUCCCGGCAAGUGAAUCAUGAGUUUCGGUUGCAGGUGUAGCUGCUAGUGGGGUAUAUGAUGGUUUUUGUUUCCAUUUCUGACAAAAUUUGAAGAGAAAAAGCUCCAUUCCCAUCUCAUCUUAUCUAAAUGCCAGCUCCAUUUUGGGGCUUUGUUUGCCUCAGAAAUAAGAAUGUCUGAUGCAUCAAUCUUGCUUUUGGGAAUUAUGAUUUGGUAAUAUUAAUGAAGCUUCAUGAUAGUUAUCAACUGAUCUUGGUGGGUAUGAGAUAAGACAGAAUGAUCAUUAGAAUAUGGAAGAUUUUGAUUUGUUGAGCACAGUUUUAGUGGUAUAGUUUGCCUAGUGAUGGAUAUUUGUGUUAUGCAUUUGUAGUUUUACCAUUCUAAGUUAUUUUGCUAUCCAUGUUAUUUAGAUUUUCUAGAAGUUUGAAUCUACUCUUAUAAUCAUCAGUUGCUUUACUCUAAUAUCAGUUUUGAAUCUACUCUCAAUUUUCUUCUUA